AUCUCUUCUUCUCCCUAAGUAACCCAAUCACUGCAAAACAACAAGGUUCGUUUAUAGUCAUUUUUUGGAAUCCAAGAAAGCAAAAGGUAACAUGAGUCUGUGUAGCUACGGAUUGUUAUCGAACGAUCAGUAUUUCUUGCUUAAUUUCGUCAUGAGCAAUUAUUUGGGUCCUGAUGUGUUUUCUGAUGAGCCAAGAUGUUCAGCAUUUCAGAGAUUAGCCAGAGGUCUGCCUCCUUACACAUUGAAGCAGAUGGGAUCUUCCUCUCUAACUGUUGCGCAGCUACAGAACUUGUACUAUUAUGUACUGAGAAACGCCAAGUCCACUCUAGUUCUUCAUCCAGACAUGAUUUAUAAGUAUCUGAAGGGAUCUCUACCGUUGAAACCAAUCGGAAAGUUUCAUCAGUUCACAUCUUUUUUCCCGACGAAUCUUCACCCACAGAAAAGCUAUUCCCCGAGCCACGAGGUUGUGAAGGGCAUCGUUGUUAUCGAUGAUCCUGCAGUGGAGUUCAUUAGCAAGGAAGAUUUCCAAAGAUUCAGAUGCUUGUCGAGUUUGAACGACCUGAAAAUCGACAGGGUCGUGUCUUUAUCUCAUCGACCUGUGCAGCUGGAUGAAAGCCGGGGAACCGAGCAGGACUGUUCAAGAAAUGGGGAAGUGACACCCAAUGGACUUGUCACUAAGCAAGACUUCAAUUCAUAUGGAGAGAUUCGAGAAACAUUCAAAGGAAAGAAAGAGGAUGAACCAGCUUGUGUAAGCUUGGGAAAGAAGCAGGAGUGUUCAAGAAACAAGGAAGCGACAUCCAAUGGUAUUGUCUCUGACCAAAAGUGCAAUUCACCUCGAGAAACAUGCAAGCGAAAGAAAGAUGAAGAAGAAGCAGUUGCUGUUCAUGCUGCUUGUGAAAUCAGUAAAACCCCAGAACGAUUUCGGGAGGUGUACAGGAGAAAACGGCUCAAGAACUCAUCAACGAAAGCAACAAACAAAAUUGGAGCUCUUAUGGAAAGAAACAAAACAGAUAAACCCACCAAAUGUGAUGAAGAACCGGCGGUUGUAAUCACGGGAACAGCCAGUAAAGGAGCUUCAGGACCAUCUAUUGGUGCUGUGGACAUUGGUGUCAACGAAGUUGCUUACUUUUUUCAGGUUGCUUUGCCCGGUGUCAGCCAAGAUAACGGUGAAUUCAGCUGUGAGAUUGAAUCAGAUGGAAAGGUGAUACUGGAGGGAUCGACAACGACAGGAGUGAAAACAGUCAAUAGGUUUUCUCGGGUUUUCGAGAUGAAAGUCAAGAAGCUGUGUCCACCUGGACCAUUCAAGCUAUGCUUUAGCCUCCCAGGUCCUGUUGAUCCACGGCUAGUCUCUCCCAUCUUCCGAUCAGACGGUAUCUUCGAGGCUGUCAUCAUCAGGAAAAAAAACUCUUAACUAAACCAGAGGUCCCUUCAAGUAAACACUAGGAUCUCUGUAAAUCUUUUGAUGUUAAUGGAUAUAGAAGCUAGGCCCUAAUCAAACCGCAUGCACGGGCAGAUCUCUCACUUUUUGGACAUGACUCGGUCGUUUUUUGCGUAUUAUGCUAACUUGUUUGUAAUGUUGAUUCUCAGAACUAAUGUUGUUACUAGUUACUUCUUCAUCAGUGAACUAAACCGAAACUAAACGG